CUGAUUCAGAGAUGGCAGAGGUGAAGGUCCUAGGUAGUUGGCAAAGCCCUUUUACAGCAAGAGUUGAGGUUGCUCUCAAACUCAAGGGCGUUGAAUACGAAUUCAUACAAGAAGAUCUGUCCAACAAGAGCCCCUUGCUUCUCAAAUCCAACCCUGUCCACAAGCAAAUCCCUGUGCUCUUACACAACGGAAACCCAAUCGCUGAGUCUCUUGUCAUUCUCGAGUAUAUCGACGACACUUUUCCGGGGACUCCCAUUUUGCCCAAAGAUCCUUACGAGAGAGCCUUGGCUCGUUUCUGGGCUAAAUUCUUCGACGAAAAGUUCUCGCCUGCAGCGAGGAAAGUAAGAUAUACCAAAGGCGAGGAGCAAGAGAAGGCAAAAGAGGAAGUUGGUGAGCUUCUGAAAGUUCUGGAUAAUGAAUUGAAGAAGAAGAAGUUCUUGGGAGGGGAGACGAUCGGACUUGCAGAUAUAGCCGGGAAUUUCGUUGCUUUAUGGGUUGGAGUUUUGGAAGAAGUUUUGGAGGUGAAUCUGGGCGUGACGGAAGAAAAAUUCCCUCAUUUUUGUCGGUGGAAACAGGAUUUCCUAAACUGCAACGUAAUCAAGGAGACCUUUCCUCCUAGAGAUAAACUUGUUGCGCACUACAGUGAGAGAAUCAAGCCCGCAGCUGCAAGUGCUUCUGAGUAAAGCAUUUUUUUUUGAAUUGAAAAGUUUGUAAGAGGAGUAGUACUAUUCUAGUUUUACUUCUGCUGUAAUAAAGUUAUGUCUAUGUCUCAUUUCUGUUGUAACACUUGUUUGCUUAUUAUUAAUAAAAUAGUGAGGGAAGGUCAUGGACUUUGCUCUCUAUUUGUUAAAAUCUUAGG